CCAUCAUCGAUCCCCCCAUCCCGACCAUCCAUCCCCAUGCUCGCAUCCCAUGUGCUCAUGCCAUGCAAUCCCAGUGAAUCUCCCAUUUCCAGUCCCAUUCCCAUGCUCUGUCCAUCUCCUCCCCCUUGUGAACUGGUCUUAUUUCCCGCCGAUUCCGUCCCGUCCUCCAUCCGCCAGCUGCAUCCCGUCAACGUCCUCGGUUUCUUCCAAUUGCCUCUUCAUCCCCUCUCCUCCCCUCCCCCUUCCAUCUGGAGUGUGUGUCUUUGUAUUCCUCUUGUCCCUCUUCCCCCGUGCUGCGUACAUUGUCUCCCAUCACUCAACCUGCCUGCUCCUAACAACAACACCUCAACUCGCCCUUCCACCGUCACCCACUCUUCCAAGGUUGGACCCCGUUUCGAAACAAAAACGAUAACGGCCGACGGCGGACUCACUUGCGUCAUUUCCCAACAAGACGGGAGAGUUCUAGAUUUCGAAGCUUGAUACUUGACAAUUUACCUUUAGACUUCUUUCCUGGGUACUUGGUACCGAUUCCACUCGUUUCCACCUCAGCUUACCUCACCUCACCUUCUACCACCCCGAAAUUCCUCCUCUUGCGAUCCUUUGGGGCCGGCACAUCUGCGCAGCCCAGUCCGAUCCAGUUUUUUGGAUUCCGCCCUCCCACCCAUUUGCGGCGGCGGCGUGGCGCGGAGAGAGACACCGUGCAGCCACGGACCCUCGACUGAACCUGAACGCGACCGGACUCGUCUUACCUUGAUUGCGUUCCUGACUUGGCUAAUUUUAUCCUCAAUUGUCCUUCAAUUCCCUCCAAGCCGGAGAGGUACCCCGAUUGAACCACAGCCACCACCGCAGAGGACAAGUCGCCCAUCUUAUCAGGUCACCUCUUUUACCACUUACACAAACUUCGCCGAGACGGUCUAUGCGGAUAUAAUUCGACGACGACGACGACGACGAACUCGCAAAUACCGGACCUAAUUACAAUGCGACAGGUGCUCAAGGCCGGCUUGGGGUGCCUCGUCUCCCUGUUGCUUGCCGCACCAGCCGACGCAUUCUACAUUCCAGGUUCGCCGCCCUCAGAAAGAAGCCCCCAAUUCAACCACCUCUCUCGCUCAAGCAAUUGCCCGCUGACUAUAGCUCGGUAUUCAACUACAGGCUGGUCGAUUAAGAGCUACAAGGACGGCGAGCAGGUUCCCUUACUCGUGAACAAGGUCUACUCCGACAACACUCAGCUGCAGUAUGCCUACUACGACCUCCCCUUCGUGUGCCCGCCGACGGGCCAGCGCAAGCCCGGCACGGGACUGCUUAGCGGACAGAGCAUCCCCUUGAACCUCGGCGAAGUCCUCCGCGGCGACAGGAUAAAGACAUCCGACAUUGACCUGGUUGUCGGACAGGACAAGCCGUGCAACUUGCUGUGCAACCGCGAGAUGAGCCGCAAGGACAUGCGCCGCGCAAAGGACAUGGUGCACGACGGCUACGUUACCGAGUGGAUUGUCGAUAACCUCCCCGGGGCCACGAGCUUCGUCACUGUCGACAAGAGCCGCAAGUACUACGCCGCCGGCUUCAAGCUCGGCUUCACGGAUUACUCGGCCAGCAGCGGCAAGCCGCGCUACUUCCUCAAUAACCACCACACCAUUGUCAUCCGCUGGCGCAGGGCCCCCGGGAAGGCGGGCGAGCGUGGCGGUAAAGUCGUCGUUGGUUUCGAGGUGUACCCCAAGAGCAUCGGACCCAAUAACAAGCGCGACGAGAAUGGGUGCCCUGCAGAUUUGCAGAAUAUUGACCAGAACUUUGAGCUCUACCUCGCCCCGAAUAAGUCCUCCGAGAUGCCGAAGCAGCAGCAGAACCUCGAGUCCUCCUCGUACCACCCCGCUACCGACGACGACGAAGAUCUCACCGACGACGGUGCCAAGCUGACCGUGCCCUAUACCUAUUCCGUCUACUUCCGCGAGGACAACAACGUCGAGUGGUCGCGCCGCUGGGAUCUGUACUUUGUCAACCAGGAGGAAGGCCAAAAGAUCCACUGGCUGGCUAUUGUCAACUCGCUCAUUAUCUGCGGCCUGCUCACGGGCAUUGUCCUGAUGAUUCUCGCGAGAACGAUCCGCUCUGAUAUCAAGGGCUACAAGGAGGUGCCCCUCGAGGACGGCAAGCCAAAGCUGAAGCGCAAGAAGACGGCCGGCAACAAAUCCCCCCGACUUUCCGAGAAGACCGGCGGACUACUCGAUCAGGGAGCCGGAAUUGACGCCGAAAAUGACGCCGACGUAUCGUCCGAUGAAGAGGCACUCGAGGACGUCACGGGCUGGAAGCUGCUGCACGCCGACGUCUUCCGGACGCCCCGGCACGGCUACCUGCUGGCCCCGCUCGUCGGAUCCGGCAUGCAGCUGCUCUUCAUGGCGGUCGGUCUCGUCCUGCUAAGCGCCCUCGGCAUCCUCAACCCCAGCUUCCGCGGCGGAUUCAUCAGCGUCGGCGUCGGCCUCUUCGUCUUUGCCGGCCUCUUCUCGGGCUACUUCUCCGCGCGCGUCUACAAGACGUUCGACGGCCAGGACUUCCGCAAGAACGCGCUCGUCACCGCCGUCCUCUUCCCCGGCCUCCUCUUUGGCAUCGUCUUUAUCCUGAACCUAUUCGUCUGGGCACAGGCUUCAAGCACGGCAAUCCCCUUUGGCACUCUCGUCGCCAUCAUCUUCCUCUGGCUCUGUAUCCAGGUGCCCCUCGUCUACGCCGGGUCCUGGUUCGGCUUCGUCCGCAGCGCCAAAUGGGAGCACCCGACUAAGACGAGCGUCGCGCCGCGCCAGGUGCCCCGGCAGGCGUGGUACAUCAAGUCGUGGCAGUCCGUCCUGCUCGCGGGGCUGAUUCCCUUUGCGGUCAUCUUUAUCGAGCUGCUCUUCGUGUUCCAGUCCGUCUGGCAGGACAAGAGCGGCUACUACUACGUGUUUGGGUUCCUGGCCGUGGUGUCGGUGAUUUUGAUCGUGACGAUUGCCGAGGUGACGGUCGUGACGAUUUACGUCCGGCUGUGCGCCGAGAACUAUAACUGGUGGUGGCAGUCGUUUGCCGUCGGCGGCGGAAGCGCCGUGUGGGUUUUCUUGUACUGCGUGUGGUACUACUUUUUUAAGCUGCACAUUACCGGGUUCGUGAGCAGUAUGCUCUUCUUCAGCUACAGUUUCAUGGCGUGCUGCGUGUAUGGUCUUCUAACGGGGACGGUCGGGUUCCUGAGCGCGUACGCGUUCGUUCGGAGGAUUUAUGGAGCAAUCAAGGCAGACUAAAACCCGCGAAGGGUUGUUCAUCGUCAUUUUAAUGUUUUAUUUUGGACAGCGAGGUUCCCUUAAUGUUUUGAUUCUCGACACGAACGAGAGAUAAGAAUGGAAAGGAAAGGAAAGACGAAACGGUGGGGGAAGGCGCUCAUUAAUUGCAUUGCCUGGCGGCGUCAAAACAAGUUUUUUGGGGGAA